CUGCCCUGCGAUCGACACAUGCGAUGAACCAGCUGAAGCAGUUUGAGCAAUAUUGCGCCACGCUCUACACCUCCCCGGAUGCGGCCGAGCGGUCGGCGGCGGAGGCUGCCCUCGUGCAGCUGUCGAGCACCCCCGAAUACCUGCCGCAGUGCCAGUUCGUGCUGGACCACUCAAAGUACGCCUACGCGCAGCUCGUCGCGGCCAACGCCCUGAAGAAGCUGCUCGUGCAGUCGUGGAACCACCUGACCCCGUCGCAGCAGCUGGACUUUCGAAACUACACGCUCUCGUACCUCGCGCAACGCGGCACGUCCAUCGAGCCCUUCGUGUCGAGCAACCUGGUGCAGAUCGUCGCCACCGUCACCAAGCUCGGCUGGUCGUCGGGGGAGGAGCACAAGGCGAUCGUGCAGGAGCAGCGCAAGGUCUCGGCCUCGUUUCGCGACACGGCUCUCUUCCAGAUCUUGCAGAUUGGGCUCCGCACGCUCCAGCAGCUCUCGACCGGCGCCGCGCCCGGCCGGUCGCACCGCGGGUCGGCGUCGCUCUCGCUCUGCCUGUCGUGCCUCGGCUUCGACUUCAUCGGGACCACGCUCGACGAGGCGUCCGAGGAGAUGGGCACCGAGGCGGCGACGAUGCAGCUCUUCUUCGACAUCUACGCCGCCUCCUCCGCGCCCAUCUCCUCCAAGGCGCUCGAGAGCCAGCACGGGCUGACAGAGCACGAAAACUACCACGAGCUCUGCCGGCUGCUCGCGCGGCUCAAGGCGAACUACCAGCUGUCGGAGCUCGUGCAGGCGGACUGCUACCGCGAGUGGAUCUCGAUGGUGGCCACCUUCACGAUCGACUCGUUCAAGCACUGGCAGUGGGCGGCUAACUCGGUCUACUACCUCCUCUCGCUCUGGUCGCGGCUCGUCGCCUCGAUGCCGUACCUCAAGGGCGACGUCCCCUCGCAGCUCGACUCGUACGUGAUCACCGCGUUCAUCCACUCGCGCAUGGAGCUGGUCCGUGCGCUGCAGCAGCAGGGGGGCGAGCCGGGCGGCGGGCCCGACGACCCCCUCGACAACGAGGAGCAGCUCACCGAGCAGCUCGACACCCUCCCCUCGCUCUGCCGCUUCCAGCUGCAGCAGGCCUCCUCCUACGUCCUCUCCCUCUUCGAGCCGUGCGCCAAGCUCUACUCGCAGCUCCUCUCCCUGCCCACCGAGCGGGCGAGGGACGCGGACGUGGCCGCGCGCCUCUCGCAGUGCGAGGGCGAGCUCGCGUGGCUCGUCUACAUCAUCGGCACGGUGCUGGGCUCGCACCUCACCCCCUCCUCCAACUCGGAGGCGCAGCAGCUCGUCGACGCCGAGCUCACGUGCAUCGUGCUGCAGCUGCUCUCGCUCCUCGACGCGCCGGCCAACGUGCAGCUGCGGAGAGAGGUCCGCUCCAACCAGCACCUCGAGCUCGCCCUCCUCUUCUUCAUGCAGCAGUUCCGCAAGGUGUACGUCGGCGACCAGGCGACCGCCGUCUCGAAGAUCUACGCCGUGCUGCAGGAGCGGCUCAACCUGAGCGACCACCUCGCCGUGCUCGCCGUGCUGAUGAACAAGAUCAUCGCCAACCUCAAGCGGCGCUCCGACUGCCUCGACAUCACCGAGAAGACGCUGACCCUCCUCGCGGACCUCGCGGGCGGCUACUCGUCGGGCAAGCUGCUCCUCAAGCUCGAGGCGGUGCACCUCGUCCUCGCCAACCACACCUCGGCCGAGUUCCCCUUCCUCGACGUCUGCGUCGCGCUCGUCGGCGCGCUGCGCGACCUGCGCGGCAUCGUCGCUGCGUGCUCCUCGCGCCGCACGUACACGCUCUUCUUCGAGUGGAUCUACCCCGCCUUCACGCCCGUCUUCCAGCGCGCCGCGAUGACCUACUACGCGAUGCCCGAGGUGACGACGCCGCUGCUCAAGCUGUACGCCGAGCUGGUCUACAACAAGGCGCAGCGCCUCACCUUCGACUCCUCCUCGCCGAACGGUAUCCUCCUCUUCCGCGACGCCUCCGCCAUCGUCGUUGCCUACGGCUCGCGCAUCCUCGACCACCAGCUGCCCGCCGGCGCCGACCCGUACGCGCAGCGGCUCAAGGGGAUCUGCCUCUGCAUGGUGCUCCUCACGCGCGCGCUGAGCGGCAACUACGUCAACUUUGGGGUCUUCGCCUUGUACGGCGACCGCGCGCUCUCCGAUUGCCUCGAGGUGAUCAUCAAGCUGUGCCUCUCUCUGCCGACGGAGCAGAUCCUCUCGUACACCAAGGUCUGCAAGGCCUACUUCACCCUGAUGGAGCUGCUCAUGCGCAACCACACCGCGACGCUGGUCGAGCUGGACACGCCCGUCCUCCAGCACAUCUGCAGCAGCCUGCAGGCCGGCCUCAAGUCGCACGAGGUUGCAAUCUCGUCGCAGUGCGCCGCUGCCCUCGAGCACCUAGCCGCCUUCCACUUUGCCGCCGCGACGGACGACCGCGACUCGUCCGUCAAGGCUGCGCUCGCCGCGCACCUCUCUCGCGAGCCCGAGCUCUUUUCGUCGCAGCUCGCCGUGCUGCUCAACAUGAUUGUCUUUGAGGACUGCGCCAACCAGUGGUCGCUCUCGCGGCCGCUGCUCGCGCUCAUCCUCUCCAACCCCUCCUACUUCGCCUCGUGGAAGGCGUCCAUCGUCCAGCAGCAGGCCGCCUCGCCCGAGCGGCAGCAGAAGCUGACAGCCGCGUUCGAGCGGCUGAUGGCGGACGUGCAGAACAGCCUCGAGGCCAAGAACCGCGACCGCUUCACGCAGAAUCUCACGGUCUUCCGGCACGACGCAAAGUCGCUCUUUUGACACGUCGCCGCCACGAGAGGGUCGACGAUACGACUCUGUACACCACUAUCAGUUGGGCCUCGUUCGGGCACACGCGUCGUGUGUGCUCUCGCGUCGGCUCCGGGAAGCAGGGGACGCUCCGCCGGUCGCCGAGGGCCCUUUAGCUUGACCGAGGAGAUGAGAUAGUUUUGAUUGUUUCCCACAUGUGCAGCAUCAAAAA